AUGUUGGCCUUUUCUCCUUUCGCCAUUGUCUUUGCCGUCGUCCGAUACACCGUCGUCGUCGCCCACGUUCUCCAGCUCCCAUCUACCGUCUUUCCUUACCACGAAUACAACGACCAUGAAUUUUAAUAUCAACGAUAGUCCUGUCCUUGUCGCACCUCGCCCAGUCCGCAUUGCCAAUCCCUACCAGCACUUUGGCCGCCCCACCCAGCUCAGGCUGGUAUCUGCACCCGUAGAACAGAAGGACCAGUUCAGGCUAAAUGCAGACAUCGACAAUAAUGACGACCAAGGCUUUCCUGCCCGCAUUGACUCUUCGGCUUGUUCGGACAGAGACCUUGCAUCUCCACGAGCUUCUCCUAGGUCCAGUCUUCCAUCAGAAGCUCUCGAAGAGUUCCUCUCCAUCCUUCGACCCGCAAUAUUCCCUCCCUCUUCACCUAUCCUACGUGCACGUCGGAACGGCAUGAAUUCUCUCCCCACCUUUGGCUACCCGUACAAGCCGAGGAACAAGAUUGAGAUUCUCCAUCACAAGGGGGAUCAGAUUGCCGAGGAGCUUGAUAGGGUCAGAUCCACGCCAUUGCGAUCUCCUGAGCCCAUGCAAGAACAUGAAAAACUUGAAGAGCUCGAGAAUUAUGACCCGGAUCAGCACCCAAGAUAUUACACCUCUAUCGCGCUUGCUUCGCCAAUUUCUCGAAUGCACACUCGCAAUCCUUUCCAGCGUCAACCUUCCUAUGAAGUGGCUCUGACCAGUUUCAUAUCAUCAAGCCGCUCCUCUCCUUCCGUAGCCUCAACGCCUAUAUCACCUGCUACCGUUCCCCUUCCCCUUCCCACUACCGACGAAAUGCUCUAAAUCUAGUAGACAACUCACUCGUAAUCUUGCUCAUUUCCGAUUUUAUACAGUAUCAUGACCAUUUCAAAUUGUUCCCUGUGUCUUCUGUUCCCUCUAUUACGUUCAUUGGAUCGCAUCAAUCUUAUCAUCAUAUCAAUCGUCUUCAAUCAUAUGUAUACCGGCUUUCGCAGUGCAGUGGCAUGAUGCGUCAUUCGUGUUAAAUUUUGUUCUCACAUCUAUAUUAUUGCACUCUAGUCAUUCCCCGUCGCUCCAUAUUUCCCUCUACCCAGCCUUCAUUCGGUUUGCCGUCAUUUGACGUCUUUGCUUAUGCGUUAUGGAUUCUGUUUUUUUUUUUGCAUUCUGCUCAGUGCCUCUGACAUUGGGUCGGUCGCACAUUCUAAACUAUUCAAUAGCGAGAUUUGGCGACAUGUAGUAUGCUAGUCUUUUAGUUGCCCACUUAAUACGAACCUAAAUGUAUGUUUAUUCUUUUCUUGCACGGUUCAUGAU